AUGGAGGUGUCGCGCGCCAUCGCUCUCAACAACGCCCCGCCGCCUCCCUCCUUGCAUCUCGCGCCGCUGCAGCGGCGAGCAGCGUUGGAUGCGGCGGGCCGCGGCAGAAGUAGCGGCCUUCCGUCUCUUUCCUCUCGCCCUCUCCGCACCUCACUCUGCGCCUCCCGCCCACGUCUUCCUGUGCGCCCCGCCCUGGGGGAAUGCCGCGCCUCAGGGCCAAGGGGGAGCGGAGGGGCGCAGCCAGGGGAAGAGCGUCCGUGGGGGGCACAGCAGGCGGAGGGGGAGAAGGAAGGGGCUCGUGUUGGGGGAGGGAGGCGAGAAGGGGUGGUGGUGAAGGCAAGGGGGGGUGGGGCUGGAGAUGGGGGUGCGGGAGCGGGGCAGGAUAACGAUGGGUUGGAUGCGGUGCUGGCGAAGGUCGUGUGGGCUGGCUUUGGCCUGUACAUGCUGUGGCUCUUCGUGCUGCCAUUCGCUCCUGUGAGCCCUUCUCUUCUGCCCAUUCCUACAACUAGUGUACCCUCGUGCCACAACACCCAGCACCGCCACAUGCUGCUCCCUCACCCCAUCGUCUCCCUUGCUCACGUCUCUCACCCUCGCACUCCCUCCGCGCCAUGCAUCAAUGAACCGCUCCUCUUCUCCCCUCUCGCGCCCCUCUUUUCCCCUCUGGCUGCGUGGAGUGGAUGUGCGGCAUGGCAGGGCGACCCGGCGUGGAGGAUAAGUGAGGGCACGGUGCAGGAGGUGAGGGACCUCUCGCUCAACUUCUUCUACAUCCUGCCCGCCCUCAACGCCGCGGGCAUUCAUGUGCUGGAGGCACCGCAACUGCACCCUGUGGCGGAGGCGCUGUUCAACGUGGUCAACGCCUGGAGCCUGCUCUUCGGUCCGCUGCUGCUCGCCGACCCCAGGCGCACCCGCGUGGGCGCCAACCUGCCCGCGCUCUGGCUGGGCCAGAUGUUCCUCACUAACGUGUUCCUCAUCCCCAUCAUGGCCCUGCGCCUGCGCCCACCACCCCCGCCCCACUCCGCCACGCCCCUGCGUCCUGCCGCGAUCGCCACCUUCCUCUCCUCUGCACCGCUGCCCAUCGCCCUCGUCUCCUCCACCGUCGCCCUCGCAUCGCUCUUCUGGGCGGCCCUCGCCCGCCCCGAUUUCGCCCCUCCAGACCUCACAGUACGCGCAGCCUUCCUCGCAGACUACCUGGGCAGCAACCGCCUGGCGUACGCGUUCGCAUGGGACGUGCUGCUCUACUCGCUCUUCCAGCCCUGGCUCAUUGCGGAUUGCCUCUCCGCCCUGCGCCGCUCACGGCCAGCAGAGGCAGCACGUGGGGAUGAGGGGGGAACGACGUCUCGGGAUUAUGAUGCGCUGCUGGCGCUGCUGCAGUGGGUGCGGUUUGUGCCGCUGUUUGGGCUCGCUGCGUUCCUCUGUGCGCUGCCACGGCUGAGAGCCACCAGUGAAUCGCAAGGGCAGGAGUGA